UUUGUUUGUCUUACUCUGGUUGCGAAAUAUUGACAUAUACAUAUAUGUAUUUUGUAUAUACAUGCCUGUUCCAAUAAAAACCUGUUUUCUUCUUUUAUUCUAAAUUCAAGGGAUGGCAAAUGAGGAAGAAGAGGCCAGUUCCAUAUUACUUCCAGCGGAAAGUUGGGAUUUUGGAAUGUGUUCCAGGCAGGAUGCCGAGAAGAAGUUGAUGGCCAUUGGUAUAAAUAAAGGCCAAUUCAUUGUAAGGGAUAAAGACCCUGGUACCUUCGAGCUGUCUGUGAGAGAUAACGACCCUCAGAAGGGAGAUCAUGUCAAGCAUUACAAAAUACAUCAGCAGGGCAGAGGUAAUGGCUUCUUCAUCUUUCAAGGAAGUGUCUUCCCAACGGUCUCAGAGCUGGUUCGUCACUACCAGAGUAACAUCGGCCUAUGCUGCAUCUUGACCGAAGCUUGUCCGAAGGAGAACCCUAACACCAUCGGUCUCGGUAAGGACAAAUGGGAGAUCCCUCGUGAGUCUCUCAGGUUGACCAAACAAAUCGGAAAAGGACACUGUGCUGAGGUCUGGAAAGGAGUAUAUGGUAACACACCUGUCGCUGUCAAGACUCUGAAGGUAGGGUCCAAUAUGUCACAAGCAGACUUCCUGGCUGAGGCCAACGUCAUGAAGAAAGUCAGACAUCAUAAAGGCAUUUUACAGAUCUUUGCAGUGUGCUCAGACAGCAACAGGAUCUACAUUGUGACCAAGUUGAUGUCAAAUGGAAACUUACAAGCCUAUCUCAAGAGGGGCAAAGGCAAGGUUACCAAGCUGACAACACUCAUUGAUAUGGGUGCACAUAUUGCAAGCGGUAUGGACUAUCUAGGAUCGAAGAACGUUGUUCAUCGUGACCUGACUGCAAAAAAUGUGUUGGUGGGUGAGGGUAACGUGGUCAAGAUCGCUGACUUUGGUCUGGCACGGCUGAUGAAAAAAGAUGUAUACGUCGGGAAGAAAGGUGCCAAGUUACCAAUCAGGUGGACUGCUCCGGAGGCUGCCCUUUACGGAAGCUUCACCAUCAAAUCAGACGUCUGGUCGUUUGGAAUCCUUUUGACAGAGAUGGUCACCUAUGGUGGUUACCCAUAUGAUAAAAUGAUAUCUCCGGAGCCGGUAAAGACAAAUGUAGCUAACGGAUAUCGUAUGCCUAAGAUGGAUCACUGUCCGGACUCUCUCUAUGAGAUCAUGUUGAAAUGCUGGCACAAAGAUCCCCAGCAGAGGCCCACCUUCAAGUGCCUUCACGACUACUUCGUCUCGACCAAACCCAACUACAAGGAGGCCGAUUAG